AUAACCCGUGAUGGGCGAGUUAGGGUUAGGGUUAGGGUUAGGGUUAGGGUUAGGGUUAGUCUUCAUUGACCCAUGACCCGUUUUGACCCAUGAUCCGCUUUGACUCGACCCAAACCCAACCCAACCCAAUCCGUCCAUUUGCCAGGUGGACCAUAAACUAAUAAGGAGUGAUAAUUUUGAUUAACAUGCCAGGUUCAAAGAGAACGACGGGGAUCGGAGGCUCAAGAAUCGUGCAAUCUGCUGCAGCGAAGAAGGAUGUUUCGAGAGGAAUCGCCAUUGAUACUGGUUCGAGACCAGCGAGUUGUUUACACCAGGUAAAGAAAGAGAGGAAAGUCUGAAACAGAAAAAGAGAAGAAAACUAAAGAACUGAGGGCAAAGAAAUAGUGUUGAUUGGCACUGUAAAUGGACAAGAAGUGAGAUUUUGUUAGGAAAAGAUGACUAUUACAUUCCUAUGUUUUGUCUUUUAUUCAAAAAAGAUGAUAAUAUUUU